GGGAAAAAAACAACUCAGGGAAAUCAUCUUGCGGGGCUACAGUCACAGCCGAUGCCUGGCUUGAAUGGUAUCCCCUUCGACGGGCGAAAUGGAGCAGGGUAUUAAUGAUGGCAGUGUGGUCAAACCAUCAAAAAGGAAGGAAGUGUCCAGUCCAGUUUAUGUUGGUAGAGAAGAUGAUAUUAAAAAGCUCCAGAGAACAAGAGUUGCUGUCCACGAGAGAGACAUUGUUAUUUUCUAUCAUGCUGGACAGUUUUAUGCUCUGGAUUGCCGCUGUUACCAUGCAGGAGGUCCAUUACAUCUUGGUGAAAUAGAGGACAUCAAUGGACAACCAUGCAUUAUUUGUCCUUGGCAUAAGUAUAAAAUAACUCUGAAUACAGGUGAAGGAUUGUAUCAAGCAAUAAACCCUAGAGAACCAUCUGCAGUACCCAAGUGGCAAUCAAAAGGAGCAAAACAAAGGACUCACAGAGUCACUGUGGACAAUGGAAAUGUUUAUGUGACUCUUUCAGAUUUAACGGACAGUAAAGAUUCUGACUACUAUGCUGAGAAAUACAAAACAGAAAAAAAUGCAGAAAAAUAACAUUGGUGCUUCAUAGCAACUUGCAUUAAAAUACUGUUGAAUGUAAAUGCUGGUCUUGCCAUCUAAAAAGCACUCUGUUUCUUGGUGAUGCAUUAGCUUGAUAACAGCUUCCUCUGUGAUAGAAGUUUUGGUCCAAUAUCUGCAGAAUCUUGGGAGAAUUAUUUUCAGAAUAUUUUUAAAACAAAAUCAUUAGACAAUCCAGCUGGGAUUUACUUUUCAAAUAAUCUUCCUGGCUGCCUCCCCUGUCCACACAGAGAUCAAGGACCUCAUUUUACAACUAAAACCUGGAAAAGCCUUGGGAGGAGAUGUUAUCCUCUGAGAAUUAUUAAGGAAUUACAAGGACUGGUGAGAUCUAGGACUGAUUCUCCUAUUCACCCAUAUUAACAGCUCAGCAUGUUUUCCUACUGACUGGAGCCACAUCAUUGUUAUCCCAUCCUAUGAAAACAAAAGAAAAUAGAUUAGACUGCCAUUUUUGACCCAUCAGUCAGCAAGCAAAAUACUAAAUAACUAUACUUAUAACUAUUGGACUGAGCUGCAAGUGGAAACAGCUUAGCUGAGGAGGAGGCAUAGUUUAGAGGGGACCAAU